AACCUAUUACAUUUAACCAACGUGUUUAAAGAAGAAGAAGAAAAACUUUUAGCGAUAUUUACCAGUGUUAGGUUGAAGAAAACAUUUAACCAGCAAACAUUUUAGCCCCGCAGCUCGGCCAUACGUGGCCUGCCAGUUUAAAACUUGUGCUAAAAUGUUCAAUCGCUGGGGGAAGGGGAGGGGCAGAAACACGUUAAAAAUGGCGACGGCUGAACCAAUGGACAUAUGUCCGCGUGGGUUCGAACCCCACCCCAGGUAAACCCUUGUUAAAAUGAGCGCAUGCUCUCUCUCUCACUCGCUCUCCACGUAGAGACACUUAAAUAGCAGCGUCGCUGUCAAAUCAGUGGUGAAAAUGGCGACCGAAGGACAAAAUGUUUCCGAUAUCAUACAGACAGAGCUUGCAACGAGUUUGACGACGACACCUACCCGUAACUUGGUACUGCUAAACCCGACUUGGGCUCCACGCAAGCCGUCGAGACAGCGCAAGCACGGAGCACUGUGCAACAUAUUCUCGCAUAAAGAAUGUAUCUGUAUAAAACUGGAGAAAAAAUUUUGAACAAAGUGUGGGCGGCCCACUUCUGGUGAUGACGACCAAUUAGAUGAGAGAAGACCUUGUUGAAAACGUAUUAAAACCCCGCCAUCCUGUGAGCAAGCACUCACGACGAGACACAUCUCCCAGCAAGCAAUGGCGAGCGAACUGACAUCUCCUGAAGCCGCCCUACUGGAGCCUGCACCGCCUUCUGGCCUGCGAUUCCCAUCAUGGCCUCGGGCAUCAGCUUUUGAACUGCGACUGGACGCCCUGCCACCGCUUCCUCAGAUCUUGCAGCAGUGGCCCCUGCCGCCACCACCUCCUUCUAGCCCGACCUGGGCUGUGUGGCCGGGAUCACAACAGCAACCUCCGCAGGAGACCUCCGACCUAAUGGACACAUCGAGGCCCCCUUUGCCGACGAUGGAUGAGCUCAGUGAUCGUUUUGCGGGACUGUCAUUAUCUGAAGAUGCUGUGGAUGGGAGCAUCACCGACUCUGCCAUGAAGAUAAUCAAAGGAUCACUGGCCUUUAUUCUGGACCGGAUCGUCGAAGAUGACAUGCAGGAGAAUUGUAUCGGCUGUUCUGUGAAUCACCCGAGCCAGCGGAGGCACACGUGCCUCUAUGAACCUGAAGCGUUUUACUUCUGUAACAAUUUUGAAAAGCUGAUGAAAAAACUGUAUAGACCAUGGUUUAAAUAUAUUAUCACAAAAGCAGUCGCGAUGUUUCACCCUCACCUGUCAAAGUCCAAGGUGCAGUCGAGGCAGUAAUUUCUGAACUUAAACCCGAAAUUAAUGUACGGGAAAAAUUACG